ACGCGACGCGACGCUGCCACGAUGCCCCUAUCUCAGAGCAGGGCUGGGCAGAUGCCAUGCAGCAGCAAGGUCUGCAGGAACCUCUUUGGCCCUGUGGACCACCAGGAGCUUCAGAAUGACUUGAAGGACCUGAUGAGGCAACACCUGGAAGAAGCUCAGCAGCGCUGGAACUUCAAUUUUGAGACAGAGACUCCCCUGGAUGGCCAAUUCAAGUGGGAGAGGGUCUUCCAGGGUGAGCAGCCAACCCAGGAGGUCCACAGCCUGGUCAGUGCCAUCAGCAGUGAGAACAGGAGCUCCAGGGUCCCCCCCAAGGAUCAUCCUGGCAGGAUUUGCCCCGAGGGGUCUCAGCAGAGCUUGGGGCUUUACAGGGCUGGUGCUCCACAGAGCCUGAAACGUGGGCAGACCACCAUCACAGACUUCUACAGCUCCAAGAGGAGGCUCAUCCCUGACAAGCCCAAGCCUGACAAGCCCAAGCCAUGAGCUGGCAGUGCUGGGCCCCCUGCCCGUGGGGACAGCUGCUGCUGAUGUGCCCUGGAGGCAUGGUGGCUCUGUCCCCCCAUGCUGCCCUGUGUAAGCUGUCUGUAUGAAGCAAUGUAGAGUCUGUAGUUCCCUAUUUAUGAGUAGUCCUGAGGGACCUCCACUGUGUGCAAUGUCUAGGAGUUGAGGUUUGCAGCCCCACGGAGGAGAUGGUGGAGGACUGGAAUGGCUGUGGUGGGACCGAGGCCUUGCCCUGCCUGCAGAGAAGAAAAGGGCCAGGAGUCAUCCCAGCAGCAUCCUGCUGUCAGCUGUGGUCCUUCCCCUGCCUGGUGGCUGCCCAUGGAGGACACUUGGUGGCACCAGAAAGUCACCAACAUGGAUUGCAGAGCCCUGGAGCAGCCUGGUCCUGAGGACCCCCUGGUUGCUCUGUGCAUGGUGGUGGCCUUCCUCCAAGCUGGAUGGACUCAGCAGUGGCAAGGUCCUUGUGGAAGCAGAGGGAUGAGGGCUGCCUGGAAGAGGAAGCAGCAUUCCCUGGCCAGCCCUUCCUCUGGGUGACUCACCAGUGCCAUCAGAAGGGCUGCAGGUGGUGACAAACCCUCUGGAGGUCCUCAGUGCUGAGCUCAUUGUGGGACCAACACUGCCUGGGAGCCUUUGGAGUCCCUGCUGACCCAAACUCCACUUUCUGCCCUCGUUUUUGGCUUGCUGUGGGCUGCUGUUUGCCUUCUGUUCUGCCACCUCCAGCACUGAUCCAGGCUGGAGAGCUGCCUGCUCCAGCUCAGCUGGAAGGAGUCCUGCUCACCAGCAAGGGUGGCACCAAAAGAUGAGAUUGUAGCUUUUUUUUCUU